AUGGCUGUCAGCUUCCUCGCAAUCUUCGCAGGCCUCAUCGCCUUGACCGCAGCCUACCUGUACGUUUUCGGUAUCUCGCCUGAGCUAAAGCGCAAGAUGGAGCGCCAGGCACUCAAGACCAUGGGCGAGAACAAGAUGUCUUACAUGACCAAGGAUGCCAUCGACAAGGUUCCUGCCUCUGACCAGGAGAACAUCAAGAGCCUCAAGAAGGGCCUCGGCAACAUUGCCGGUGGCGCUACCCAAAACCCCCUUGGCGAGCAAACUGUUCACGCAGUCACCCAAGCCAGGGACUCGGCGUCGAACUCAACUAAGAACGUGUGGCUUGACUGGGACACUGUCCAGAGUUAUCCCAAAGCUGCGCUUGACCGUGUCUCGGCAGUAACGAACAAGACUCAGGAUACCGCUCAGUACCAUGUCCCAAAGAAGGCGGAGUAA